AUGGAUCGGAACACCACAUCUACGAAGCCAUCCCUUCCCCGUCCAUCCUCGGUCGCCUCCAGCAACGCAGCAUCCACGAACAAGAACCGCCAGUAUGCCCAUCUACACGCGCAGCUGGCUCAGUUGAACGCGCACCUUGCGGAUACGGAAAAUCUGUUGAGGAUGACAGCCGUGCAGGCUCAAGAUAUGCGCUUUCUGGGAGGCUACGUGGGCGCACUGUUCAUGGGCAGCGCGAAGGUUCUAGGGGAAGAAAGUGUGCAAGGGAGGGGAAAUCAAGCCGCGGAAGGCAAAGAGAGCUGA